AAAUUUUCACAUCAGCCACCACUUCCGAAUAUGCCAACACGAUGACGCAGAGGUCCUGCGAGAGCGCGUCAUCAGUGGAACACUUCUUCAACGUGGUCUUCUCGGAGUUCCAGAGCCACCCGCCGGCGUGUGUGUGUGUCCAAAUGUGCCAAGACCAGGCCACAUACUGCUACCCGAACAACUGCUUCAAGCCUAUAAACAAAAGGAAGAACGAUCAGAACCCGAUAUCAAAAAUUGACGGCCACAAAACUCAACCUAUCAUGUUUUUAAUUGAACACGAGAAAGAGCUGUUCGAUAUAUUUGAAGAUCGCGAUAGUAAAGGGAGGACGGAGAGGCCGGUAAAUGAAUUCAUAUUGCGUCCAAAUCCAUUUAAGGAGUUAGUAUUAAAGCACAAGAGGCUGCCUAAAUUGGAAAUGAGGUAUAAUUUACGAGAACAAGUUAAGAAUACCAAAUCGGACAAAUUGAAGGGGGACGGUAUAAAUCUUUCAAAAACGAGGUGGCCACUGAAUAAACAAGUAUUUCACAGCAAACAGCCCCGUAGCGAAAUAAAACAUUUUAAGGGAAACGAUGACACGAGACAAACAAAGUUUUUUGCGUCGAUGUUUUCAGAACAUGAGCCGCUAAAUUUUACUCCCAAAUACUUGAAAAAGUAUCUGACGAAACGGGAAAAUGGCGAUGUUAACUCGGAAGCAUUGUAUUUGUAUAAAACGGAAUCCGCAAAUUUCUCUUUGGAAACUUUAAUUGACAAUAUGAUUGACAAAAGUUUGGAUGAAAACGUGAAAAAUGCGACAUUGGAUUUGAAUGUUUACAUCAAUAACGAGAAUGUUAUUUCAUUAAAUUCAAGUAAAGAAACAGUUGAUAGAAAUAAAUACCAAGAAGAUUUCGGUAAACAAGACUUGAAUAAAAGCGUUAUUGAAUUAAUAGAAAAGAUGUCUCAAGAAAUUGAUAAGCAAAACAAUAUUAGCAUAGAAAUAGUUGAGAAGUUAACUGGAAGUAAGGUCGAAUCGGCAAUGAGCGGUAUGCCGCUUAUUAGUAUAGAUAUAAACGAAGUAGAAGACAGUCAUCCGACUUACGAAGUGGCUAAAAGAAAUUCCAUUACAGAUAAUGCAACAACUCUUUAUACUAUUGACAAUACACUUGAUUCUCAAGAAAUAUCGACGACGUCGUUCAAACCAAUUGCAUCCACAUCAAAAAUAAUGAACGAGGAAAGUAAACAGCGAAACCGGAUACAAGAUUGGGAUGAUGAUGAUAAUGAUGAUGAUGAUGAUGACGAUGAUAAUGAUAACGAUGAUAAUGAUAACGAUGAUAAUGAUGACAAUGAUAAUGUUGAGGAUGAUGAUGAUGAUAAUGAUAUAUAA